GUUGGGCCGACAUGGAAAAGUCUUCCUGACCAUCCCCAGCCAGGGCUCCACAGACGAGCAGAAGUUCAUCCAGAAAGGCGAAGCUCCGGGCACUGACUCGCUGUUUGACAUCGACCCCAAGGAUAUAGUCUUCUUUGUUGGUGGCGUCCCACCAGAUGUCAAACUUCCACCUCCUCUGAGUCUCGCUCCGUUUGUGGGCUGCAUCGAGUUGAGUUCGCUGAACAACGAAGUGAUCAGUCUGUACAAUUUCAAAGAGACCCACAAAAUGGAUGUCACUACAUCAACACCGUGCCCCAGGUACA